AAACAACCGAAGAAGAAAACGGACCAAUAGCAGAGCUGACGUUUGUGUUUUGAAUGAAACGCGGUUGGGUUAAUGGCAGCUCAGCGCUAAGUUUGUUUAUUCUGAUCUCGUCAUUUUUUUCAGCGUUGAUUAAAGUUGGCUGGUAAAAGUUUCAAGUAUUAUAAGCAGUUCUUCAGCACUCGGAACUAAUGUCCUCCAGGAAGUCAAGUUCCAUCGGGGAAGGCUUGCCCCCAAGCAGAUGUGGAGACCGUACCCCUCUGAGAAGUCUGGAGAAUGAAAUGCUGCAUCUGUCAACUUCAUCAUCGCGGUUGAAAUCAAAAUCACUGCUCAGUGCAGAGAUUGUGAAAACGACAAAGGGUGAUGUUCUUCUCCGUGAAGGAGAGACCCACUUGCAGUCUCCUCCAUCCACCAAAGUGAUACAAGCUAGUACUUCCAAUAUUGAUAUUACAGCUCUCGAGACAGCUUGUGGCAUUGGAGAUGUAACAUUUAAAUCCUUUGUCUGUCCUGGUGGGGAGGUUGAGAUUACAGACUGCUCAGUGUGUGCAGAAGAGAGUAUUAUUUUGCCCAAGGAUCAGAUUAUGAAAAACACUUGUCAAACAGAAGAUACCGUCAUCUCUGACAGUAUGAUAGUUCUGUCAUGCAGUGACCACAUAGAACACCCUUAUCACAAUCCUGAGAUGAAAGAUGCUUCCCUUGUUGACAUCGAUUCUGCAUGUGUGUGUGAAGUUUCAAAUGCUGCACUAGCCUCUGGAGAUUUGGAUGAUGAAAGUGUCACACAAGAUUCCAUAGCUUUUCAGCAUGACUUCGGUGAAAAGAAAGAUGUCACUUGGAAAUCCUUUGUCUGUGAUGGCGGUGAGGUGGAAGUUUCUGAUGUCACCAGACUACAAGAUGAGACCAUUCCUCUGCCCAAGGCACAGCUUGGUCAACCCUUACAAGACUACAGCGUGAAUUCGACACGUGUCUCUGAAUCUGACCAAUUAUGUCAAGCGGAACAUGCAGAUCAUCCCUACUGCAGCGGUGGAAAUGGUGUUUGUGUCAUCACCACCUUCUCUGAAGGCGCAAAUGGUCCUGAACAGCCUGCAACUGGACCAAGUGAUGUAACUUUCAAAUCAUUUAACUGCACUGGAGGUGAGGUUCAAAUUUCAGAUGACACCAAACUUGCAGACCAGACUGUUCCCCUGCCAGCUGACCAAACUGCAGCCUGCAAUGAGUCAUAUCAGUCAAAUCCAACCAUCUUAGCUGGUGACCAAGAUCUACAAAACAGUGAUCAUCAUUUGGAUCACCCAUACUGUAAUAUUGGAAGUCAUCCAUCAGCCCAAAGUGGUUCCACUGAUGAGCCUCAGCUGUGCAGCCUUGACACUGUAGAUGAGGUUAGACAGGCUAGCUUGGUGGUACCUGAUACCCAGACUGACAGACAAGAGGGUAUUGCAUUCGGCUCUCUCAUCAGUGCCAGAAGAGAGGCUGAAGAAUCUGAUAGCACUCGAAUGUCUCCCAAGACUUCCCCUCUGAAUGACAACAAGGCUGUGAAGUGCCAGCCCCUGGAUGAGAAUAGUGUACCUUCGUCUGUUACACAAGAUCACAUUCUAGAUAACUACGAAGAGCCUGACAGUCGUGUAGAAAACAAUAAAUUUGUGGUAGACACUGACCCACCGGCCAUCAGUACAUCAUCAUUGACUAACAUGUCUUUAAAGGGAUUGGAUGAUAAAUCUGUUAACCCUCAAAUGCAAGAAUCAUCAAGAAAGGACCCAGUACAUCCUGAGGACAGUGCAUUACCUUCAGCGCUUCACAGAACUGAAUCUUCUGACUGUGUUCAUGUUGCUGCCUCAGCAGAGACUCCUACACCUGUCGAAGUGCAUUUGGAACGUGUCUCUCAAGUGCACCUCAGCAGUGGACCCCAUGAAUCCAGUGAGACAAAAGACAGCGCUCUUGGUUCGUCUGGCAAUGGACCUGUUCUUUGUAACUCUGCAGAAAAAACUCAUGCAGGAAUUCUCCCUGAUGUUUUGAAAGUGCUGUCAAAGCACUCAGUCACAUCCGCUUUGAAGUUUGGACACCUCAGCCCUGUUGUUAGGAGAGCCUCUUUACUUGCGUUAAAGGUUAAUAAGGAUCCUGCUCUAGACCAGUUUUUGGCAGAUGAUUCUGCUCUUGAUGAUGAAAAGAGUUUGUUAGCUCCUGUUAAUGUCAACCCUGCUGAGCUAUGGGCAGAGCUCUUGGAGAGCCCCAUGCCACGUCCUCUGUUUAACUCUACAGCACUUGGUUGCAAAGCCCAGCCAGGCCCAGCCACUGAGCGGGUUGAAGGUGUGGAUGUGCAGCCUUGUGCAGCCCCUCAGCCUGAAGUGGAGAAGCCAGGUGUGGAUAUUCCGUUGAUUCCCGAUGGUCCUCUUCAGCAGCAGCUUCGGCAGAUGGCAGAGUUCCUGUUCUUGGCGUCAGGAAAGAUGGGUCCUGCUGCUGUCUCUGCUCCUGUUCCUCCUCCCCCGACUGUCAUCACACUCCCAUCACCAGCAGCUACUCCUACAGAAUCCCACAGUGUCUGUAUAGGCACCACUCCUAUAAAAUGGGUAGACCACAGCGUCAAUACGUCUGGGCAAUUUGAAAGAAAAAGACAAUUCUCUGUGUCUGAUUCCUGCACUCUGACCGACCCGCUCCUGUGGAAUGUACCUCCAGGCAGCCUUGAGUGCCUUCCCAAACAAGAGCUGGAGCAGAGGUUGAGGUCUAGCAUGAUCAUGGUGGAGGCUCUCGUACAGCAGUUGGCUGCAGCCAGGACACAUGGAUGCCCUGCUGGCCCUGCACCUUCAGACCUCAGGGAGAAACUAGUGCAGACAGAUCACACUGAACUCAGUCAGGCCACAAUGCACAGAGACUUAUAUUUGGAGGCCCUGAGCAGGAUUGGUGAGUUGGAGCUGGAGGGAAGUUCUCUGCAGAACCUCACCCAGUGUAUGCAGGACAUGAGGGUCACCAUGACUUCUCUGAGUUGUGACACGGACGCUGCUCUCUCUGACAUGAAGCAGAUGGGAAACAUUGUCAGAGAAGACCAUCAAAGCCUUGCUUCACAUUAUGGUCUGAUGAAGUCUCUGUUUAAGAAAACAAAGGAGUCACAGACGCUGAUGAUGCAGAAGGUCAAAGAUGCCCUUCAUCAAAGAGAUGACAUGACGGUACAGAUGCAGGAGGCCUUCGCAGCCAGGGAGGCGGCCUUCAGUGCGAUGGAACAGCUGAGGACACACUGUGCCACAGAAAUCUCAGAGCUGGAGAGGGUUGUGGGGUCUCAGCAAGAACUGUCAUCUGCCCUAGACCAGACUCACCCACAACUGCUCACAUUAAACCAGGCCUGUACUGAAACACUGAAUUCUGCUUCUGAUGUUUUGUCCACAACGAUAAAGGAACAAUCCAGUUUGAUGAAAGAACUCUGCACAGUCAGGGGCCUUCUGCAGAAAACUGUUCCCAUACUUCUCAAGCUGAAUGAGAAGGCAGCUGCUGCUCUGAGAGAAAGGGACGAGCAUAUCUCUGCAAGAGACCAAGCCAUCAAACAGAGAGAGCAGAUUGAAGAAGAAUGGAACCAAACUAAUGUGAAUCUCCAAACUGCCAGAGAACAGAUUGGUGAUUUAAAUCUGCAGGUGACAAUUCUGACCUCAGAGAUGGGUGUGCUGCGUCAGAAGCUUACAGAAAGAGAGGAAGAGAGGGGUCAGCUGGAGAGGAAGGUGACGGAGCUGUCUGCCACUGUUUCCUCCACUUUGGCCUCUUACGCCUUUCUGGAGCAGGCCCUUGCUGCUGAGACUUCAAAACUGCAGCAGUCAUGGAAGGACAUCCAGCUAACUAAGGACAGAGCUAACGAGUUGGAGACGUCGCUGGGUCAGUCUGAGCAACGUGUGUGUGAGUUAAGUCAGGCUCUGGCUCAAAGUGAGGAGCAGCUCAGUCAGCUGCAGACCCUCUCGCAAUCCCAGAACAUGGAGAUCCAGCAGCUCCAGGAAGUUUGCACACAGCUCAGUGGUGUUCGGGAGAUGAACGAGUUCUUACAGAUGGAGAACGACUUGGCGAGGGAGCAGAUGGCUGAAAGUGAGCGUAUGUUGAGGGCCAAUCUGCAGGGACUCCGGGAGAGGAACAUCCAGUGUGAGGACCUAAAAGGAGAACUUAGUCAACUUCAGCUUGAGAACAGGAGUUUGCAGGAGGAGCUGGAAACCACAAGGUCCAGAUCCAGUGCAACCGAGCUGGAGCUCGGAGAGAAGCUGGCACAGGCAGCCACUGAAAUUACUUUGCUUCAUCACACACUGCGAGGACUCACCAAUGAGCUGCAUGCAGCUCUAGACGACCAGGCACUGAAGGAUAAAGAGUCUCAGGCAAUGCACAGCGUGGAGCGUCGUCACCCCUCCAGCUCCUUUGUCGACAGCAUCAUGGUUGCAUUAACUGCUGAGAAGGAGGAAGAUGUCACCACAGAGACUUUCACUGGAGAAGUCCCUUCAGAUGUGCCUGAGCCACAGUGCGAAACUUUGUUCAGUGAGACGAGUGCCUUCACCCGCAUUGCAGCCGUCACCCCUAAAAAGAAUCUGAAUGCAGUAGAGUGUGAGGUGGAGGAGGAGCAGAGCAGCCUGGCAAAGCUGUUCACUGGCCUGGACAGCACCGUCACAGAGCUCAUCAGUACACUGAAGCUGGUGCGACAGCGUAAAGAUGCUCAGCUGGAGGAGCUGCAGAACAUCGUCUGUGGCCUGCAGGUGGAGCAGCAGGCUGCAAACAACAGACACCAGGCUGAGGUGUUUGAGCUUAAGCAUCAGCUUAGCCGUUUGAACAGCCUGGCUGAGAGGGGAAAUCAGGCACUGCAGCAGAAAGCUCAGGAUGAGAAAACUUUAACAAAGUUGAUGUCGGAGAUACAAGAGACUCAAGAAAUUCUCAAUAAACACAAGGCUGAGAGUAACGAAUUGCGGAAAGAGGUGGUUGAGCUUCGCCGUUCUCUCCAGCAGUCACAGGUGGAGUCUCAGUUCCUCCGGGCGGAGAUGAGAAAAGCUGGUGGCCAAUCAGCUCUUCCAGCACAUUCCAUGGAAGAGAAGAUCCAGUUAUUGAAAGAGGUGGAGAGACUGAAGUCAAGUCUUCAGGAGGUGGAGCAGGCCAGAGUUAAACUCCUUGACAGAGCAAAAAGACACCAAAUCAUCCACCAGACCAACCAGCAGAAAAGUGAGAAUGAGCUUCAAUUGUUAAACGGCAUGAUCAAUAAAGUCAGAGAGACCCUGCUGUCUCUGCCAGAUGUGGUGAAGAACUGUGACCAGCUCCAACAACUCAUUGAAUACAUUGGCUGACAUGUUUGUUCAUUUGUUUUUGUCACCUCCUUUUACUGUAUUUAUGUCAGUGUUAUGUUUUAGCUUGCCCUGUUUGUAAAUGUUCAUAUUUUUAGUAUGAUUUAAAUAAAACAAGUUGUCUUUGUUCC